GAAUGUGAAGUCACAUCCAGAAGUCAACCCCGAAUAUACAAAAUGGCAACCAGUCCAGUAAUCCUGUUUUUCAUCAUAUGUAUCAGUUCGAUGUAUUGUCUUGCCGAUGAUUAUGUCAUCAUACAGUCUAAAACGUCGGGAAUGGUCUUAGAUGGAAACCACUACUAUGUCAGAGCAAGGCUGGCAGAUGGUUCAAUAGGUCAAAAAUGGAAUUUGACGUCUACUAAAAUUGGACGAUUUAUAAUAACCAAUGCUAGAAAUGGGCAUGUUCUGGAUGUUCAACAUGGCUGCAAACUUGGAAAUACGAGUAAUGUGAUUGUUUAUAAAAAUCACUUUGGUAGAAAUCAGGAAUUUUAUAUAAAUAGUGAUGGAACGAUAGUUUCGUCCUGUGAUAAUAAUGAAAUUAUCGAAAUGAAGGAUGGAAAGGUUGAAGUAUGUGGUAAAGAAGAACCUUGCAGUAGCGGGGACGUAUUUUUCAAAAUUCUAGAAACCAAAUGAAAACCUUUCUUCAUCUGUAUUUGUUGUGCAAAUUCGUUUUUGUGGAAUAAAUAAUCAAAAACUUUU